UUGGGCCGAGGAUGUCGCGGGUGCAGAAGCCCCCCGCCCACGUGGUUCGCGCUGUUCAUUCGUUCUUGUCUUUACUUGGUCUGCUUUAUAUUGCGUGAUACAGAAUGCUAUAUUGUUGAUUACUCUAUAUCAUAUCAGCGAGACUAAUCAGUCGGCCGAUCACCAGAUACCAGAUACCAGCAACUAUGGGCGGAAUUAUUAACGUUUAUCUCGACUGCGUCUCCCCAUACUCGCAGUAUGCCUUUCUCCAUCUUCUCAGGAACCGCAGUGUUCUAGCUAGCCAUGGGAUCAGGAUCGAUAUCCACCCGGUCUUUCUGGGCGGUAUAAACGUCGGAUCUGGAAACAAACCGCCUUGGACAUUGCCCGCGAAAGCAAAGCACGGCGAAACUGACCGACGACACGCAUCUCGCUAUUACAGGGUCCCCAACUCCAAGCCACCACCGUUCUUCCCUAUAUUAUCGCUACUCCCCCAACGAGCAAUUACAUACAUCAAACACGCCUACCCACCCGCGACGUUCGAGAAGACAUUUGAUUUGUACUGGAAAUGGCUGUUUGACGAGCACCACGACAUUUCGAAACCGGAAAUUCUCGCCGAAUUACUUCGGAAGACACCAGAGCCUGGGUUCACUGCCCAGCAGGUUGAUGAAAUUAUGGCUGCUGCCAAUGACAAGAAGUGGAAGGACGCGCUUCUUGCAAAGACGCAGGAGGCUCUUGAUCAAGGUGCGUUUGGGGCGCCAUGGUUUUAUGUUGUGAGGACUGGCGAGAAGGGGGAGGUUGUGGAGGAGUGUGGCUUUUUUGGAAGUGAUCGAUUUCAUUACAUUUGGCAGUUCUUGGAGGUGCCGUUUGAUGAUAUCAAAAUCAAGCCGGGAAAUCAGUCCAUUACUGACGCUAAAGGAAAGCUGUGAUAAUUAAUUCUUGUACAAAUGGAAUCUAUGGCUAAAUCGUUUCGUGCACAUAAUCGUCUACCUA